AUGACCAAAGACAAUCAGCAUCACAACCCAACGGAAGACGAUACUACACUCAUCAAGGAUUAUCCAACCAUUCGAAAAGAAAAGCUAAAAUUCCGAAAAUCUCUCAUCAAAAACGCCCGAUCACAAUUUUUAACUUUUAAUCUUAGAUGUCGAUUACGUAAACCACUCACCGAUGAAGCAAUAAUUGCUCUGAAGGAUUAUCUUGAUGUGGAGAAGAAUAAUUUUACUACUGUUAUGCAAACUAUUGUAACUAUUAGGGGCUUAGUAUCCACUGAAAAGAAGAAUGUGUUGCACAUGACUUCUGUGAUUAUUGAUAGUGGAAUUGCUAAUUGUAUUUUGGAGUUUUUAAAUUGGGAUGCGAGUAAGAUUGCUUCUACUAUACCGACAAAUCAACUGGACAAGUUUUAUAUGGAAGUCACGUGGAUUAUUUCCAAUAUUGCCUCUGGAACAACAGUUCACACUCAGUAUAUUGUAUCAUCAGGUUGCAUUCCAAACAUUGUCAACAUUCUUGAAACACAUACAAAUUUAUUGGUGAAAGAACAAUGUGUUUGGGCUCUGGGAAACAUUGCUGCUGAAUCAGUUACCUGUAGAGAUUUGGUUUUGAAUUUAGAUGUAGUGCCCUUAAUAGUGGAUAUUUUAACUAUGGAAAUCGGUAACAUUAGUAAUAAUAUUGAACUGGUUAGAACUGUGAUUUGGUGUUUAAAAAAUAUGUUGGAAAAGACUCCAUUUCCACCAAAGAAAACAGUUGCAAAAGCAGUACCAAUUCUUACAAAGCUGACUGUUUACUCGCAAGACAAGGAGAUUAUUGAUGAUGUUGUUGCAGCUUUACAUACUGCUUUUAUCAUUUUGAAACCUUCAGGUGUUGCAGAUGCCUUAAAAGCACAAAUUGAAUAA